CUUGAAUAAGUUGAAUAGACGUUGCUUGAAGUAUUUUUUAGUCUAUUUUCAUAUUUCUGUUAUUUGUGUUUUAGUUCAGAUAUUUAAUUUAUAAUGGAGAUAGAUGGAGACACACCGAAUUUAACAGACUAUAUGUCUGCGAAUAUAGCUGGUGGGAGCAUCGCAAAAAACACAGAAGUGAUAGAUAUCUCAGAUUAUCGCGUCAGCAAAAAGGAAAGCAGACUUUCCAAUACCUACAACAAGGAUCUGUGCAGAGGCAACAAACCUCUAACAGAUUUUAUAAACAAAUGCCUAUUUCUCGACCCAACCAUAGGCAUGGAGGCUGUUAUUAAUAAAGUUUUACUGCCGUCUUAUGCUAAAGCUGACAAAGAAUAUAAAGAGUCAAAUAAAUUUAAAAGAGUUAUAACUAAAGCAUUUCAAAGACUGAUCGAUAAUCCUGGUAGGAAAUACAGUCAUAUAAACAAUGUUGUUGAUACUCUGAAGUUUCAUGUUGAAACACCACCCCAAUGUAAUAUCUCUCCAUUAAAGAAAAGAGUGAAUUUUAUCACACUGUCUACUAAAGUGUCAGUAAAACCCAAUGAUAGGAAAAGACCAAUGAUUCAAAGUAGCAGCAGAAUCUGCCCACCAAAGAAAUCUAAAUCUGAAGUUAUUGCACUGGACUGUGAUGAUGAUGAUGAAGUUAUUCCAAUAGAUGAUGAAGCCGAUGAAGAUAAUAGUAGUAAUCAGGUCAAAGUGGAUCACAAGAGAAAUUCACAAACAGAGGAAGAAAAUUUUGUCCAUGGUGAUACUGAUAUAAUUGAAAUUCAAGAUAGUCAAGAAGUAAAAAUAACCGAUGAAAAGGAAAGUGAUCAUUCAGUAAAUAGAUCAAAUGGUGAUAAAUCUACUCCUGAGCACAUAGAAGCAAAAAGUAAUGAAAUUGAACAUGAAAAAGAAAAUUUAGGAUCCAAUGAAAACUUAUUAGUACCGCAUAAAGAAAAGAUUAUUAGAUUAGAGAAACCUAAAUUAAAGAAGAAGGAGCCAGAAGAAAUGACUGAAGUUGAGAAAGCCAGAAGGAUAAGAAUAAUAGAGGCCAAGAUCGAAAAAUACAAUAAAACUAUUGCUCAACUUAAUUUAGAAGAGGUCACGGAUGAUUCUUUAAAUUCACCUUAUCAUAAAUGUGAUCGCUUACAAGCAGCAAUCGUGAAACUAUACAAAGAACUAUGUACUUUAGUUGGUGAAGAGCCACCUAAAAAGCGGAAAAUACAACUUCAGAUCAAAGAGGGUGUGCCACAAGGCCCUAUCAAGAGGCUGGAGACAUUCCUCAACAAACGGGCAGAUGCGGAGGGCGAGACGCCGUUCCCGGACUUUAGUGAUGUCAUUAGAUGUGUGGAGAAAGCCAAUGAAGUGGACGGUCUCGGAUGGAGUAAAGCGAAAAUUAUGAAAGAAGCUCAGUCAAUAUUUACGUACUGCGGUCGCGCGCUCCAAAAGAAGCGUCAGCAGCGCGAAUGGAAACACCUCCGCGCCUUGGCGAGACCGGAAGAGUUCGAGGCCGAUCCAGCCGAGACCGACAUGGAGUUGCAGGCGAGGCUGGAGGCCAACCGGCGCCUCGCCAGCCAGCGAGAGGCCGAAGUCUUCAACAAAUACACGCAAUUGGCGGACGUCCCAGAACCAGUGGCUUCAACAAGCUUCGCAAUAGAAGAACCUCCAGAUCUCGAAAACAGCUCAAGUGACGAAGAAACUGAACCAACUCACCCUAUAAUACUCAAGGAAAGUAACAGCAAUGAUAACGUUACUAGUAAUGUUAACGAGACUGAAGUUGUAGUGAAACAGGAGCCAGAAGAAGUGCCGAUAAAGAUUCAGUAUCAGGGUGAUGUAAGUUUGGUUAUAAUUAUAUCGGACUCUGAGAGUGAGGAAGAGUAUGGUGUUUUGACAUUUUAAUUAUCAUUAGUGUCCAACCGAAGUUUUUCAUAAAUCAUAAAUCAAC